CCUGGGUCCCAGGCUGCUUAGCGGCGCCGGUUGCUGGGGAACGCUGGCGCCUCGGGAAGCGAUGGCGGGAGGGUAUGGUUUAUGUGCUGGGACCCGAGUUGAGCUUGUGAAGAAGAGCCCAAGCUCGUCAUGAAACAACGAAAAGGCCCGGGGCCUGGGGGCAGCCAUGGGCGCAAGAAGAGAGGUUUGAGUGACAUUUCACCAUCUACAAGCCUGCCACCUCUGGUGGAAGGCCAGCUACGCUGCUUUCUAAGACUUACUAUUAAUAAAGUCAUAUGGAAAAUUGCAAAGCCUCCCACUUGUGUACUUGUCCGAGUGAGAUGGUGGGGAGAAACAUCAGAUGGAACCCUCUUUUGUCCCAGAGAUGCAUUACAGACUGAACCAAAAACUGUGAGAACAACAACACGUUAUGCUAUUCGCUGUGGUCCAAAACAGUUUACUUCUUAUCUAACAGAUAUGGCUGUGUUGGUGCUGGAUGUAAUCACCAAAUCUGAUCAUCUUCCAAUUGGUAGAGUUCAAAUCAGUGGACUAGCUCAGCUUUCUCCAACCCAUCAAAUCAAUGGAUUGUUUACCAUUGUUUCACCAACGUCUAAGAAACUUGGAGACCUUCAGGUCUCACUUGCUCUGGAGCCUCUGUCAGAAACUUAUGACAGCUACAGUCCUCUUCCUACCACUGACAUGUUAGAAAAUGUGCUUUUAUCUGAGCAAGGCUUCAAAGAAAAUACCAAAAACAUCAGAAUUGCUGGGAAAGAAUUAGUAGCCAACAGUAGUAGGUCAACUACACCGAGGGGGAAGGACCACUUGUACUUUCCAGAGAACUCUAACACAGGAAAGGAUUCUUUCUUUGGACUGCAGCACCAUCUAAAUUCAGGACAGAGUUUAGAGUCUGUAACUCUGAAAGGCAAAGCUCCACGGAAGCAACUGUCCCUUCUCAACAGUUCUGAAUUUCAGCCUCAAAUUAGGACAGUUGCCAAGAGUUACAGUGAUUCAUGUGUUCUUCCUUCAAACAACCCUCCCACCAAGGACCUUCUUUCAGCUCUGUUAGAACAAGGCAAUAAACUGCGUAAUGCCAUGGUGAUGUCUGCAAUGAAAUUGAGCCCAAAUACUAGCAUGUUGUUGGACAACAUUCAUCCUCCUCUGAAAGAGGACUCUCUUAGAUCAUCUACACAACUCAAAGCCUUGUCUAACAAUCAAUUUAAAGACCAAAUAGAAGAUCACUUCCUCCCACCGACUGAGAAUACAGUUUGGAAACAUGACACAAAAACUGACACUGAAGCUAUACAGCUGCUACUAGGCAGUGCUCAUUUAUCCCAAGGUCAUUUCUGGAAUGGAUUAGGCUCUCCUCCAGACUCACCAUCUCCUGGGAGUGAUAUUUAUUGCAGCAGUGAGCUGAAUGACCCACAGUAUGACCAGAGUCUCCUAGAGAAGUUGUUUUACACAGCACCUAAGUCUGAUGGCAGCAUCAGUGAUAUUCUUAGUGAAGAUGAUGAUAUGAUCCAUUCUAAAAAAAUGAACCAGUCAAAAGUUCCUGGUAGAUCUACAAAGGUUCUAGAACCAAGUGAUCAGAAGCUAAAGAGAACAUCAGUGGAAGAAAACAGAAAUUUGGUUGAACAGAUGCCCUCAGAAAUUCCAGAAGAUACCCAAGUGGUGACACUAAGUAUGGCUAGACUGGCUCUUCUAGGUAGAAUACAUUCAGUCAGAAUCAUCAUUGAAACAAUGGGAGUCCCUCCAGAUAGUCCUCAGAUGACCUCUGGCAAAAAAAGCUUUGCUGGGAGACCAGCUAAGCUGGUAACAGCAAAAAAGCGCACUUUCUUUGUGGAAUAUCACUUUCCUGUGGGCUUUUCCAAAAGUAAGCUUGGAAAGACAGCAUUGAUCACUGAGGUUGUUCGGCUUGCCUCCAGUAAAAUUACAGAUGGAAUGGUGAAAUUCCAGCAGCGAUAUGUGUUUCCAGUACAGUUCAAUGGCCCAAUGAUAGAGCACUGGUGGAAUUCUAAACUCACCUUCCAGAUCUAUGCAAAGAAAACUCCACAGAAAAAGCCAGAAGUCAUCGGAACUGCAUCACUUAUUUUGCGAACUGUCAUUCAGUCAGAGCUGCUGUCCUUCAGUGACCAACUUCCAGUACAACAGGAAAAUGACCAGGCUACACUUGGCCCCCUUAAGGUAACCAUGGAACUUGUUACAGAUAACAAGGAUUUUGCUGGUACCAAUACUGAGCUAACUGGCAGCAUCCAACAAGUUCCCCUUUGUGUUGCUACAAGUCCAGAUAAGAUACUGCUAGAAACCAACCAAGAGACUACUUGUACCCCAAAUCCACAGAACACAAAUCAAGUUCAUGAAGAAACCACAAAGAAAGCACAGAGAUUGACAUUCUCCGAUACAAAGCCACCAAGCCAUGUAGCACCAAAUUCUUCAACCUUCAUGCCGGCCUCCCAUAAUUUAGGAAAUCAGGCUAAUGGGUCAAUGAAAGAAAAUGCAUUAUUGUUGCAUGUGCUGUUGAUGGUACCAGAUGGGAAAGAUUUCAUUACUGGAGAAUCUGAGAAACAACCACCAUGCAAUGUUUAUUUAACUUGUAAACUCUUCAGCACAGAGGAAGUCACCAGAUCUGUCAUUGCCUGGGGUACAACACAACCAGUCUUUAACUUCUCUCAGAUGAUUCCUGUCUCUCUCUCUUCCAAACACCUGGAAAGGCUUAAGAACAAUGUGAUGAUAAUUGAAACUUGGAAUAAAGUUCGGAGUCCAGGACAAGACAAGUUGCUUGGGCUGGUGAAACUACCCCUCCAUCAGUUUUACAUGUCAUUCAAAGAUCCCAAGAUUUUUCACCUGCUGCUUGAUGCUAAGUACCCGGUUAUUGCUGUGGACAACUACAUGCCUGUGAUUGAUGUGUUCUCAGGCCACCAAAAUGGGAGUCUUCGAGUCUUCUUAGCCAUGGGUUCUUCAGAUCAGAUAAUGACGCUGCAAAGAUUAAGGAAUGAAGAAGGAACACUCCCUCCUUUCAGCCCUAGGCCAUCCCAUUUCCUGGACCAGCCAUCUGUAGCAUCUGUUUCUAAGCAGGCAGAGGGCCAAGGAAAUGGAUUGAUAGAGCACCACUUUGAGUUCCAUAUAAUGAUGGUUAGAGGGCUAAUCCCUCUUCAGGCAACAGUCUGGGGAGAAGCAGAUUGUUAUGUCCAGUACUACUUCCCAUUUCAAGACUCGCAGUCCAGUGUGCUGAAAGAGCCUGACUUCUUUGAAAAUGGAAUUACUCUGAAGCCCUUCAGAACUUCAACUACCCUCUGUGUUCCAGAUCCCAUCUUUAAUAGUGAACACCGUCAUUCUUUCCUAUUGCCAACUGAAAUUCCAGUGCAAAGGCUCCUGCUCAGUGCCUUCUUGUCACAAGGGCUUGAGCCUGGAGGUGGGGUCCAGUUUGAAAUCUGGUGCAGAUACUAUUAUCCUAAUGUGAGAGACCAGAUGGUCGCCAAAGGAACUUUGCCAUUAUCAAGGAUCUGUGCUAUGGUAACCAGGCAGCACCGUGAGGCUACGGGAACACAGAGUUUUAAUCUCCCUUUAACCCCCAGAUUUGAGAACAGCAAAGAACUUAGGAACCAGUCAUCAGGUUUUCUGGAUGUAAGCCUAAGGUACCAGCAUAUUCCAAGAACCACAGAGGGAGUUCUUGCUGCCCGAGCUGUCUCUAUCUCAGUGCAGAUUAUCAGAGCCUGUGGCCUGCAAGCAGCCGCCAAGGCUUUAGCUGAGCAGGAUCCAGCUCUACAGUUUAGUGCCACUGUGGGAGUCAAUGCCUCUGUCACUACUCAUCUCUCAUUCCUACCCAAGGGAGAGCAGCGCCGAACCCGCCCUGUAGCCUGUUCCUUCUGCCCUGAGUUCUCCCAUCACAUUGAGUUCCCUUGUAACUUGGUGACUCAGCACUGUAGUGGAGAAGCCUGUUUUCUGGCAGAGCUCUUGGAGUUUGCAGAAAUUACUUUUGCUCUCUAUCACGAAAAUACCAAGUCAGUCAGUGAUAUAACCAGUCUCCAGUCAUGCAAAGAGUAUCUACUUGGAGUAGUAAAAGUUCCGACAAAAGACCUGCUAGUCAAGAGAUCUGGCAUCACAGGAUGGUAUCCUGUCAUUUUACCCGAAGAUGAAGGUCUGCCUCAUGGCUUGGAGUUUAUGCAGAAGAUCGUGGGUGGUCUGGAACUUUCAGUUUCUUUCACCCAUCCUGGAGAUAGAGAACGGGUAUUGGAAGCUGCUGAGCUAUUGGGUUGGAGUUUUGAGAAUGGCCUGAAGGAUCUUGCUAAGAUGGAUGAAGAGGAGCCAGCCACUGUCACCAUCUCCACUCCAAGAUUGUGGCUUCCUAGCCAUUGUGUGCUACUUGCUGGCCACAAGCACAUUCAUAAAAAUACAUAUUUCUACCUUCGAUAUAAACUAUAUGAUCAUGAAGCUUUUUGGACCCCUCUCAAGAAGCCUAAGGAAUCUGCAAACAAAAACCAGGUCAUGGUUACUUUCAAGGCAUCGAAGAGAGCGGAAGUCAUUCGGUGCCCAUCACUACUUUGGUACUUCAGGGAGGAAAGGCUAGAGAUCCAAGUAUGGCGAGCUUAUGGCAAUGAUAGUGUGGAGAGACCCCAGAAGACAGACAUCUGGAUUGGAUCAGCGUAUGUGGACCUGGCUAGACUUGGGGAUAGGUCAACAAGGACACUAACUGUCAGCGGUGUGUAUCCUCUGUUUGGACGAAAUGCUUCCAACCUCUUUGGAGCUGCCCUACGAGUUCAUGUGGUUCUUUCUUCUCUCUUGCCACACAUGGAGCCUGCUCAGGAUCAAGACUCCAUGGACUACAGUAGCAGCCACAGUGAGUCUGAGCAGCUCCCCAGAAGAAAUGAUGAAAUCCAACUCUCUCCACUCUGUGACCACCAGAAGUCUCCUGCGCCUACCCAGGUUCCCAGCAACAGCACCGCUGCUGAAGUCUGCCAACCCAAUGCGGGCCAUGCUGAGUUGGAUGGAACUUUUGCAGUCAGUAUCCUGGUAGAGAGAGCAAUGCACUUAAGCUUGAAAGGGAGUCCUUUGAUAGGGCGGAAAGUAUCCAUACCUAGUUGUUGUGUAUCCUUUGCAACAGCCAAUGAGCCAUCUCCUGUGUACACACAUGUGAUUGAGAACACAGAUUCUCCUGUUUGGAAUUUUCAGCAACAGUCAAGGCUAUCAAAAGAGCUUCUUCUAGACCCGCACCAAACUCUGGUCUUCAAAGUUUGGCAUAAAGGAGAUGAGGAGAGAGUGAUUGGCUUUGCUUCAGUGGACCUGUCCCCUCUGCUGUCUGGCUUCCAGUUUAUCUGUGGCUGGUACAACAUCACAGACUUCAGUGGAGAGUGCCAGGGACAGAUGAAAGUUGCUAUCUCCCCUUUGGAGAGUUUGGUGCACUUCAAAGAAGAAAAGCAAGCAAGACGUGGGGUGAAAACCCCAGCAUCCCUGAUCCCAAUGUAUAGUCCCUUUUCCUUUCCUGCCUCUAAUCUGUGUUCUGCAUUCCCCAAUCUGAUUGCAAGAAAGAGCCAAGACCAGUUAACUCACACCUCCUCAAAGGAGCUUGAUUUCUCCUCUUCUGAGAGAAGCAAUACCAAAAGAAGUCAGGCAUUACGCCAUGAACAGCAUGUACAGAACAUCCGCCGAUUUCAUGAAUCCCUGCAGCAGGGAGAGGCAAUCUUGACAAGGGAUGACAAACAGACCACAUCACCUUCAUCCUCCCACACUUCCAUUCUGACUUCUCUCAGGAAGAAUCUGAGUGAGCUAGAUCAGAUCCAGCAGUAUUUCAACCAGAAACUUAGCAAGCUUUCCCGGCCUGUCAGCCCUCCCACUCAUCCUGCCACCUUCCACUGCCUGGAGAGCCAUAAGGAACAUCUCACACCAGCAACCAGCAGCCUAGACCCUGAGAGCCAGUGCAUCCUAGAGAAAUCCAGUAACCUAGUGUUACAAGUCAGCUCCUUAAUCUCAGAUCUGCAGACUAUCACCAGGAAUUCUCAAGCAGCUUUGACUUCUCACCGAGCCAGGAGUAGAAGCACCACCACCGCUGUCCCAGAUACUAAAGACACAGACACUAUGCCAGAACGAAGCACAACUCCACACAAGCCAUUGGCAGUAGAGGAGGACACAAAUUCCUCUCCCCCUGCUCUUGAAGAGUUUGCAGGUGAAGAAGGAAUGUUCCAUGAGACCCUGGGGCAAACAGUACCCAUUACAAGGAUGCAGAGCAGUGAGGACCCUGAGACAGGCCCAGCCGGCAGUGAUGAGGACUAUGAAGAAGAUGUCAUUGAGCCCAGGACCCUAAAUGAAAUCACCACUGUGACAGAUAAAACUAGCCCUUGGUCCAGUUUUGUGUCAGACAUAAGUGAGGUCAGCAGCCCUCAGCCUGAUGAGGUACAGAGGAAAGACUCUUCCUAUCCUUCAGAGCCUUUCCCCAGACAGGAACUCAAGGUCAGAAGUAGCUUUUUCUCAAGCCCAGAAAGGGCUAUCAACCCCCAACUGCCUGGGCAGGGCUCUCCUGGCCAAAGUCGUGUUGCUUGUGAAGGUGGUCUCCCUAAGGACAGGGUUGAUGAGUCUGCCUCAACCAACCCUCAGUUGGUCCUAUACCCAUCACUCUCAGGAGUGCAACAGAGCAAUGCUUCUAUUGAGUGGAGCUCAACUCCAGCAAAUCAAGACAAGGAUGACAAGGCAGAAGCCCAGACUGAAAAUGAAUCUGCUUCCAGUGAGCUCAGUGACUCUGCUGAUAGCUUUGAGAAGUUCCCACUACAAAUAUCUUCCCAGAAAAAAGAGGAAAACCAUAAGAAGCCACCUGUGGACUCCUCUGACAUCAGGCAGAAGCAGGUGACAACUGAAUCAGAAGUGUCCACAAAGCAGAGCCUCCUCCCAGAGCCCAUUGUGGUUCCCAACUUCUUUUUGCCUCCCCAGCAGCUGGAGGCCUCCAUGAGGAUACUCUCACUCUCUACAGCUUUGCCACCACCAGCAGCAGCAGAUCAGGACAAGAGCGAAGCCGAAGCCGCUGGUGCCAGCGACGCCCUCUCCCGAAGGCCCGCUCGCCCCAGGCCCAUCUCUCUCCCUCCCAACCUGCCUGAAGAAGAAACCCGCAGGAUCGCACGGAUAUUUUCUUCCCGGUACUCCCAGAAAGAUUGAUGUAGCCUGAGGAACUGAGUGAGGGACCGGACCACCUGCCCACCCUCCCUCAGUCUUGCUCGGUGUGCUUCUCUCAGAGCUAUUACAGCCCUGAAAACACCACCAGCCUGGUUCUUGGACCCCCUGAGGCCCCGCCAGCCCAUACUGAAGGAGUGUCCGAAAUCAGCCCCAGCCUCCUCUGCCAAGACCUCCACCACUUCCUUCUGGGUUGAGGUAAAGGCUAGAAACAAAAGGGAUUCCAGAGCCCAAGCAGCUAUCUUUUGACCACAGGACCUAAGCAGGCAUCUCUGAGCAGAGAAGCUCCUUUGUGUCUUUACACAGCACUGGCUGGCCUGAGCCCACCCGCUGCCUCAAUAGGUUAGACUAUUUUUGCCUUAAAUGAUGUGAGACGGGAAUAGAUUGCGUGCAUAGCUGAGGAACUCCUAGGAUCGCCUCCAGUUCAUUUUGCUUAAGAAUAAGGGUAUUUUAUAGAUAUAAAUUAUUUUUAUGCUCUAUUAGAUUCAUCAGGAAGGGACUAGGAGGAAGUCACCUCCUGUACACUGUAUAGCUGAUUGUCUGAAAAAUAACCAUGUUUUUAACUUAUUGUUUUUUACCCAGCCGAAGGUCAUUGUUCUUGCCUUUGUUUGAAUAAAAUCCUGUUGGUAUUUGUA